ACUUAAGUGAUUGCCAGAGAGUGAAAGUUUCUGAAUUUCUCUGUAAAGGGUUUGACUGUUUGUAGAGAAUAGUUAUUCUCAAGGUCAGAUUGGAGUAAGUAUUGUAUGUAACCUUCCGUCAGUUUCAUCUUUGCCGGUAUAUAAUUGUUUUGGGUGUUUAUAUAUGUUUAUGAAGGGAGUAAGAAAAGUGUUGAAAAAUGGUACUAGAGAAAGUGACAAGUGCCAUAAUAAUUAAAACAGCAUUGGUACAGGAAGAUAGAUCAGCGGAACAGAAUGGAGACUACAGAAAUUGAUUCAUAAAUGUAUAGAACUUAAAAAAAAUUUUUUUUUAAUGUUUAUUUUUGAGAGAGAGACAGAGUGACAGCGGGGGAGGGACAGAGAGCAAGGGAGAUACAGAAUCCAAAACUGACUCCAGGCUCUGAGCUGUCAGCACAGAGCCUGAUGCAGGGCUUGAACUCACGAACCAUGAGAUCAUGACCUGAGCUGAAGUUAGACACUUAACUGACUGAGCCACCCAAGUGUCCCUAUAGAACUUUACAUAAUAAAAACUGGCAUUUCAAAUCAUAGAAAAAGUAUGAAAUUUCCAUAAUCGGGAUAUUUUCUCACCAAAAGGGAAAAAAAUCCAGAUGUAUAGAUUUAAACAGUUAAAUGUAAAGCCAAAACUGAAAAAGUCCUAAUAGAAAAUAUAGGAGAAUAGUUUUGUCAUCCUUGGAUUAGGAAAGACUUUUUAAGAGCAAGCAAGAUAUAUAAUAGAGGUGUUCUAAAGAACACCCUGUUCUCCAUCCUCUGUAUUUGGCUGCAUAAAAUUUAUGAUAGAAGGUAUUUUUAAAAAACUGAAGCAUUUUAGAAGAAAAUAUUUGUGAUGGGUGUAAUAGUGAAUUAUUUUGUGACCCAAUUUAAAGAAUUUCAGAUCAAUAAAGAUAAUCCAGUAAGAAAGUGAACAUAAGAACAUGAGAUAAUCUACAGAAAAGGAAAUAAGGAUAGUCAGUAAACAUUGGGAAAGAUUUACAACCCCACUAAGUUAUCUGGGGAAUGUGCAUUAAAAUAAGAUAGUUUUUGCUCAGGAGAUGAUCAGACAUUAAUGAUGGUUGUUAGCCUUUUGAGGUUAUGGAGAAAUAGUUGCCCUCAUAUUUUGGUAGGAGACCUUCCCUAACCUUAUCUAAUCUUAUUCUGAUCCCUAUCCUCCAAUCCCUACAUUCAGUUUUCCCCCUUCAUGCUUUAUUUUUCUCCACAGUUAUUAGCCACCAACUGACUUACCAUAUAUUCUGCUUGUGUGUAGCCCUAGAAUAUGAACUCUUCAGGGAAGGUCCUGGUGUUUUGCCACCCUGCUGUGCUGUAUCCCCAUCACUUGGAAUAAUUCAUGCAUGGCACGUAGUACUUGCUCAAGAAGUAUAUGCUGACUCAAUGAAUGAAAUACUUAUGUUUCAGAUCAAGAUAGGCUCAUUUAAAAUAUUUCUGAAGAGUUGUUAUUGGAGAAAUAAUUAAAUAUAAAGGGUGUUUAAAAAUUUUUUAUUAGUUGGGUUGUUGGAUCCUCUUCCCUUUCUCAUGAUGAAGUCUGGUUUAAAGCAGGCAUUUUGAUAUCCUUUUGGGGAGGUGAAAGUUCCAGAGCCUUUGAAAAACAUUUUAGAAAUAGAUUCUUGAAAGCUAUCUAGACUGCCUUAUCUUUGAUCCCACUUACAGCACAGCAGCACUUUUGAGACCUUUGCUGACAGCCCAUUGGUUGGCUUACAUUGGAAUUAUAGACAUGUGGGAGAAUAAUGCUCCCAUUCUUCUCCAUCAUGUCUAAUUCUAGAAGAUAUGGUGAUAGGAAACCUUACCCUUUUCCAUAGUAAAAUGUAGCUACUCAGGAAGGAUGAGGGGCACCAUUAUAUCAGACCUGAAAAAUGUCUGAAAAUUCCAGUGACAGUGAUUCAUCUUGUGGUUGGACUGUCAUCAAUCAUGAGGGGUCUGAUAUAGAGAUGGUGAAUUCUGAACAUGGCACAGCCAGUGACAGCUGUGAGCUCGCUCCAGAAUGCACAUCUUUAGAGCAAGAGGAGCUACAAGUAUUACAAUCAGAGCAAGGAGAGAGUAGCCAAAAUGGCACAGUGUUAAUGGGAGAAACUGCUUAUCCAGCUUUGGAGGAAACGAAGUCAGCACUUGAGAGAGAAGAAAAGUCGUCGGAAGACCAUGUCUAUUUUGGAACUGUCAGUGAUGAUUCUGAUAUUGUUACCCUUGAGCCACCUAAGUUAGAAGAAAUGGGAAAUCAGGAGGCUAUAAUUGUUGAAGAAGCACAGAGUCCAGAAGACUUUAACAUGGGCUCUUCUUCUAGCAGCCAGUAUACAUUCUGUCAGCCAGAAACUGUAUUUUCAUCCCAGCCUAGCGAUGACGAAUCAAGUAGCGAUGAGACCAGUCAUCAGCCUAGUCCUGCCUUUAGACGACGCCGUGUUAGGAAGAAGACUGUUUCUAGUUCUGACUCUGAAGAACGGCUACUCCCCGAACAAGAAACCGAACCCUCUAAGGAGUUGCAUAAACGCCAGUUCAGCAGUGGUCUCAAUAAAUGUGUUAUACUUGCUCUGGUGAUUGCAAUCAGCAUGGGAUUUGGACAUUUCUAUGGCACAAUUCAGAUUCAGAAGCGUCAACAGUUAGUCAGAAAGAUACAUGAAGAUGAAUUGAAUGAUAUGAAGGAUUAUCUUUCCCAAUGUCAACAGGAACAAGAAUCUUUUAUAGAUUAUAAGUCAUUAAAGGAAAACCUUGCAAGAUGUCGGGCCCUUACUGAAGAAGAGAAGAUGGCCUUUGAAACUCAGAAAAAGAACCUUGAUACAGAAAAUCAGUAUUUAAGAAUAUCUCUGGAGAAGGAAGAAGAAGUCUUAUCUUCAUUACAGGAAGAGUUAAGGAAACUAAGAGAACAGAUUAGGCUAUUGGAAGAUAAAGGGACAGGUACUGAAUUAGUUACAGAAAAUCAGAAACUUAAGCAGCAUCUGGAAGAAGAAAAGCUGAAGACACACAGCUUCCUUAAUCAAAGGGAGACUCUUUUAGCAGAAGCAAAGAUGCUAAGGAAGGAACUGGAGAGAGAACGACUGAUAACCAUGGCUUUAAAGGUGGAACUCCAGCAGUUAAGCUCUAGUGAAUCAUAUGGCAACCCAGACUCUCCGAAUGUAUUGACUGAAAAAAAGGAAAUAGAGGUCUUACGGGAAAGACUCACUGAGCUGGAGCAGAAGCUAAACUUUGAACAGCAGCGUUCUGAUUUGUGGGAAAGGCUGUAUAUUGAGGCAAAAGAUCAAAAUGUAAAACAAGAAACUGAUGGAAAAAAGAAAGGGAGCAGAGGAAACCACAGGGCUAAAAAUAAGUCAAAGGAAACAUUUUUGGGUUCAGUUAAGGAAACAUUUGAUGCCAUGAAGAAUUCUACCAAGGAGUUUGUGAGACAUCAUAAAGAAAAAAUUAAACAAGCUAAAGAAGCUGUGAAAGAAAACCUGAAAAAGUUUUCAGAUUCAGUUAAAUCCACUUUCAGGCAUUUCAAAGAUACCACCAAGAAUAUCUUUGAUGAAAAGGGCAAUAAAAGAUUUGGUGCAACAAAAGAAGAAGCAGCUAAAAAACCGACAGUCUUUAGUGAAUAUUUACACCCACAGUAUAAGUCACGUACACAAAACCAGAAUAAUAGAGGCCCUACUAUGCAAAGAGAGGGAAGGAAAGAAAAGCCAAUUCACUUUGAAGAAUUUAGAAAAAAUACAAAAUCACAGAAAUGCAGUUCUGAGCAUGACUGUAGUGCAAAUUUUGAUUCUUUCAGAAAGUCUUGUUCUGGUGUAUUUGAAUGUGCUCAACAGGAAUCCAUUAACCUUUUUAAUAUGAAAGUGUUGAAUCCUGUAAGGAUAGAUGAAUUUAGACAGUUAAUUGAAAGGUAUUUGUUAGAAAAACUGGAUAGUUUUCAUCACUGGAAAGAACUUGAUCAGUUCAUCAAUAAGUUUUUCCUAAAUGGUGUCUUUAUACAUGAUCAGAAGCUCUUCACAGACUUUGUUAAUGAUGUUAAAGAUUAUCUUAAAGACAUGAAGGAAUAUCAAGUAGAUAAUGAUGGAGUGUUUGAGAAGUUGGAUGGAUAUAUAUAUAGACACUUCUUUGGUCACACUCUUUCCCCUCCAUAUGGACCCAGUCGACCAGAUAAAAAGCAACGUAUGGUAAAUAUUGAAAACUCCAGGCAUCGAAAACAAGAGCAGAAGCACCCUCAGCCACAACCUUAUAAAAGGGAAGGUAAAUGGCAUAAAUAUGGUCGCACUAAUGGAAGACACAUGGCAAAUCUUGAAAUAGAAUUGGGGCAGUUACCUUUUGACCCUAAAUAUUGAUUGUCAUGAUUAAGUUAAAUUAGAAAAUGGUAACAGAAACAUGGAUGGUAUCUACAAUGUUUGGUAUUGAAACUAAAAUGAAAUUAUCAAGAUAAUGUCUUUCUAUCAUUUCUAAGUAUCAGUUUGAUGACUUUACAUUAUUACUCAGAAGCAUCAAGCAAAAGCUUACUAACUUGCAUUUUCCUGUAGUUUAGUUUUGCUGAAAUUUUUUUGGCACUGGAAAUGUUCAACUGUAGUUUCAAGGAAGCCAGGCAUGCAACAGAUUUUGUGCAUGAAAUGAGUCUUCCUUUCAGUGUAUGAGCUUAAAGCAAGCUCAAAUCCUAUGACAAAGUGUAAUUAACACUGAUAUUUGUGUUAAAUUUGCAGUAGAGCUUGAAAAAGUACCUUGUGACGGAAUUUCAUCUUUAACACUUUAUAAUCUUACACUUGCUUCUUGUCUUUUUGUGGGUUCAAGAGCCCGUUGACUUGUGAAGAAUUUGCUGCCUUAUGAGCUUGCUGACUUGUUCUUUUGUGAAAUUUCUUGCACAUCUGAAUAUUGUGGAAGAAACAAUAAAACUACACCAUGAGGAAAACUAAAGGUCUUUAUUUAAAAUCUGGCAUUUGUAUUAAUAUAUGAUUUUAUACUUUGUGAUAUUUUUCAUACAUUUCCUCAGUAGUGUUAUUUGGUAAAUCAGUUCAGUGGUGUUUUGCUAGUUCAUAAAUUUUACCCAGUAUUUACAGGAGUGUUUAUGCAGCAUCUGAAUAUUUCUACCCAGCAAUGUCUGUUUCUCUAGAAAAGAUUUAAACACAGUUGAGAAUUUCAGCUUCUGUUGAGUUUCCUUUUUAAUUUCCGUUCAUAGACAUAUAUGUGACUUCCAGUUCGACCUUCUGGCAAGUGAGUGUGGAAGAACACAGCAGUUCUCUCGUAGCUGCUUGAAAUUAGGAAAGCACUUAUUUCCUAGAAGUAAAUAAACGUUUAAGUAAAUAAAGGCUACAUUUUGCUGA